AUGCCUAAUGCUCCUUGCAUGAAAAAUGGACAAAGCUCAAAAGGAUAUCCCAAACACUUUCAAGAAAGAACUGCUGUUAACAAUGAUAAUUAUCCUAUUUAUAUGCGAAAAGAUAAUGGUAGGACUGUAGAAGUUCGUCGCAUGUAUUUUGUUCACUCUACAGCUGGUGAACAUUACUAUUUGAGGCUUCUACUUAAUGUUGUCUCUGGUGCAACCUCUUUUCCGAACCUCCGUACAGUAAAUAGUAUAUUAUAUAAUACUUUCAAAGAAGCUUGUGAUGCUUUAGGUUUGUUACAAAAUGAUAAGGAAUGGGACCGAUGCUUAGCCGAAGCUGCACUAAUUCAAUCUGGAUCCCAACUACGUCAUUUAUUCGCUACUUUUCUCUUAUUUUGUAAUCCUAUUCAUCCUGAGACACUUUGGGAAAAAUAUUUUACUUCUUUUAGCGAUGAUAUUAGAUUACAACUUCCUGAUAUUGUUAACUCAAAUACUAAUCUACAUAAUCAAGCUUUACUCUACUUACAGUCUAUUCUAAAUAACCACGAAAGAAGCCUUCAUGAUUUUCCCAACAUGCCUAUACCAAUUCGUUCACAAGGUCAUAUUGCUCUUGCUAUUGCUUCUUCAGAAAUUGCAUCUCUUCUUUUACCCGGUGGUCGCACUGCACAUUCCAGAUUCAAACUUCCUUUUACUUUACAUAAGUCUUCAACUUGCUCUAUACCUCAUCGCUCUGCACUCACAGAACUUCUACAAAAGGCAAGUCUUAUAAUUUGGAAUGAAGCUCCAAUGGCUCAUAGAAAUGCACCUGAAGCUUUAAAUCGAACAUUGCAAGAUCUUAUGAAAGCUAUAGAUCCUGCUUUUGAAAAUUUGCCUUUCGGAGGUAAGAUUUUCAUAUUUGGAGGUGAUUUUCAACAAAUUCUUCCUGUUGUAGUCAAGGGUGGACGCGAAGAUAUUGUAAGCUCCUCCUUGAAACGCUCACCUCUUUGA